UACUGAUUUAUUUUCUGGCGGUAAGCCAUUCAUGACCCGUAGGAGUAAGAUGGGAUCCAGACUAUAACCCCUAUAUGGGCUGUGCCCUUGUCCUAGCACAGCGACGCCCAGAGCCUCACCCCAGGCCGGGUUGGGGACCAUGAACUGCUCAGGUCUCGCCCUCAACAGUCCGUGGCGAGCCUCAUUGGUGCAGCCGGCAAACACUUCGGGGCAUCCACUAGAUACUGGCACUGCCACGGCCCGGGUUCCCCGUCCUGGACAGUCAGUAGGCGCGCGCACUGCAGGAACUGCUCAAGGUCUCCGCCCCAAAUCUUCCCAGAGACAGAGAGACGACCCAGAGACGACUCUUUUCCGAAAAGGUGCCUACAUCCCCAUAGCCACGGCUCCACCGUACGCUCCUGCCCAGGAAGCCGUCAGCCGGCCACCGUCCCCUCUAGGGUCUAGGAAGAAGCUUCUCGCCGGGCAGAAGAUACAGCGGGAGAGGGCGGAAGUGGUUCUGCUGCCUUAAGGAUGACAGUCCUAGGACACCCUCGAAGUUGGAGCUGUCAGUGGCUGCCAUUCCUGAUGCUGCUGCUGAGCACAGGCCAUGAGCCAAGGGUGGAAGGUGUGACACACUACAAGGCCGGCGACCCUGUCAUUCUGUAUGUCAACAAAGUGGGACCCUACCAUAACCCUCAGGAGACUUACCACUACUAUCAGCUUCCAGUCUGCUCUCCUGAGAAGAUACGUCACAAAAGCCUUAGCCUGGGUGAAGUGCUGGAUGGUGACCGAAUGGCUGAGUCUUUGUACGAGAUUCGCUUUCGGGAAAAUGUGGAAAGGAGAAUUCUGUGCCAUAUGCAGCUCAGUCCUGCACAGGUGGAACAGCUGCGCCAGGCCAUCGAGGAACUGUAUUAUUUUGAAUUCGUGGUGGACGACUUGCCACUCCGUGGCUUUGUGGGCUACAUGGAGGAGAGUGGCUUCCUGCCUCACAGCCACAAGAUAGGACUCUGGACCCACUUGGACUUCCACCUGGAAUUCCAUGGAGAUCGAAUUAUAUUUGCCAACGUCUCAGUGCGGGAUGUCAAGCCUCAUAGUUUAGAUGGGUUACGACCUGAUGAGUUCCUAGGCCUCACCCACACCUACAGUGUGCGGUGGUCUGAGACUUCAGUGGAGCGUCGUAGUGACAGGCGCCGUGGUGAUGAUGGUGGUUUCUUUCCCCGAACACUGGAAAUUCAUUGGUUGUCCAUCAUCAAUUCCAUGGUGCUUGUGUUUUUGCUGGUGGGUUUUGUGGCUGUCAUUCUCAUGCGUGUGCUUCGGAAUGACCUGGCUCGGUACAACUUGGAUGAGGAGACACCCUCUGCAGGUUCUGGGGAUGACUUUGACCAAGGUGACAACGGCUGGAAAAUCAUCCAUACCGAUGUCUUCCGUUUCCCUCCAUACCGUGGUCUGCUCUGUGCUGUGCUUGGUGUGGGUGCCCAGUUCCUGGCCCUUGGCACUGGCAUUAUUGUCAUGGCGCUGCUGGGCAUGUUCAAUGUGCACCGUCACGGGGCCAUUAACUCGGCAGCCAUCCUGUUGUAUGCCCUGACCUGCUGCAUCUCUGGCUACGUGUCCAGCCACUUCUACCGGCAGAUUGGAGGCGAGCGUUGGGUGUGGAACAUCAUUCUUACCACCAGUCUCUUCUCUGUGCCUUUCUUCCUGACGUGGAGUGUGGUGAACUCAGUACAUUGGGCCAAUGGUUCGACUCAGGCUCUGCCAGCCACCACCAUCCUACUGCUUUUGACUGUUUGGCUGCUGGUGGGCUUUCCUCUCACUGUCAUUGGAGGCAUCUUCGGGAAGAACAAUGCUAGCCCCUUCGAUGCACCUUGUCGCACCAAGAACAUUGCCCGGGAAAUCCCACCUCAACCCUGGUACAAGUCUACUCUCAUCCACAUGACUGUUGGAGGCUUCCUACCUUUCAGUGCCAUCUCUGUGGAGCUGUAUUACAUCUUUGCCACAGUGUGGGGUCGGGAGCAGUACACUUUGUAUGGCAUUCUCUUCUUUGUCUUCGCCAUCCUGCUGAGUGUGGGAGCUUGCAUCUCCAUUGCGCUCACCUACUUCCAGUUGUCAGGAGAGGAUUACCGCUGGUGGUGGCGAUCUGUGCUGAGUGUUGGCUCCACUGGACUCUUCAUCUUCCUCUACUCAGUUUUCUACUAUGCCAGGCGCUCCAACAUGUCAGGGCCCGUACAGACAGUGGAAUUCUUUGGCUACUCCUUGCUCACUGGUUAUAUCUUCUUCCUCAUGCUGGGCACCAUCUCCUUUUUUUCUUCCCUAAAGUUCAUCCGUUAUAUCUAUGUUAACCUCAAAAUGGACUGAGUUUUGGGUGGCAAAACUACUGUUUUUCUCUCCCUUUCUUCAUGCUCCAUUUCCUACCAACAUCUCUUCUGAUUGACUGAAUUGUGUGACAGCAUUGUUGCCUUCCCCUUGGCCCUUUGGGACUCCCUUCCCCAGGGAAGUUCUGGAAAUUAUUAAUAUUAUAUAAGAAGUAUAUAUUUGAACUUUUUAAGUUGCCUUUAGUUUUGGUCCUGAUUUUUCUUUUUACAAUUAUCAAAAUAAAAUUUAUUAAGAAAAAGGA